GCCCUGUUGACUCGCUUGCCUGGACCCGCCAGCUGUCAGCUAUAAUAAGUUAAAUUGCCCCGUCAUGCUCGCCCGAUGCGUCCACUCGAGUUCGAGUCGCGUUGACAAACUUCACUACAACAUCCGGGCGAAUAUUCGCCUAGGCGAUCGUCAUGGCAAUUCUCCUCUGCAGCAGCGCCUCGCGCGACGACGUGGUAAAUGCGUCGUAGUUCGGUGCAAUGCCUCCAUUUUGCUUUGGCGUCAACUGUAACCACACUGUCGUCCCGUUCGCAGACGUCUCAAGCUUGCUUCUGAGCGCUUUGUGCUGCAACUCGCAAUCUCGAGUCCUGGAAUGCGACGCUCUCUCCAUACUCAGAGUUGCGCCUUCUCUACAAGACAGCCCGUCGAGAAGAGCUUGCAGCGGAAACACUGCGUUCCCUGCCGUGAGCACCACACUCCCUGUUUGCGAUCGUGACAUGGGACCUGGACCUGAAAUGUUCCGAGCGAGGCGUUCGCAGUGGGGUGCGGAGAAUCCUGGGAACACCAUGGCGCUGGCCUUGCUCACGACAAGGGAGAUAGUUCAGGUACCGAACGAUCAACUCUAUUCUGACGCCGCCCAAGACUACGCUGUUGGGCACAAGGCCCAAUACAUGCACUUGCAGCUCCAACAUGACCGCACAGGGAAAUGCGCAUCUUCCUCUAGAGCCAAAUUGGCGCACAAGUCCAACUUUGCACUUCAUUCACAACGAUAAUCGCGACCAGCUGUGCAAGCCGAGCCUUUCCUAACCAUCUCCACAACGCCUCAGCCUUAGCGCUCUUCUGGGCGCACUAAUACGCCGGCCAUGUUCUCAACAGGGUCGCACAAGACAGUAAGCGC